GUGUUGUCCGCCGGAGUAGACAGACCUCAGAGUCCGCGAGUCCCGGCCUCAUGUCGAGCGUGUGUCCCCGAAAGAUGCGAGACUUUGCCGCCAGAGACAAUUGAGAAGCCCAAAAGCAGUGCACGUGUCCGUGGAAAGUGAAAACCCUAACAGCAAUAAAGGAAGCCGCAAAUCAAACUGAAAUUCUCCUGCGAAGGCCACAACCAGCACCAGCGGCAAGUCGUGUGUGUGUUUGUUUCAAAUUGUGUGCUCACUCGUACCUGCCCCCUUGCCGCACUUGCGGCACUUGAUGGCUUUGACAUUGGCGCCACAUUUGCAUCUAGCCGUGGGGCAGGUGUAAAUAUUCAUUCGUCCCGCCUGCCGUGGAGUGGGUGCCGCUGCUGCUGCUUUUAGCAUAAUUAAAGAAGGGGAAAAACUUGGCCAGAGCCUUGAAACUUUCAAGAGAUCGGUGCCGUCAAAGGCAGCAGCUUUAAAGGCCGGACUGGAGUGGAGCGGACCACUGCUGCCUGUGGACGUGAACGGAAAGAAUGCUGGCCCCGCUCCAAGUCCGACUGCUACAGCGACAGCGACCACGAAUCGAGUCAUCCUCUGAUCCCCGCCGACGCUGAGCGAUGAGGGAGCGGCAAGCAUGUCCCUGUCUGAACGCAAUACGCCCAGCCAUGGGUCUGGGGCAGGGUCAGGAUUGGGAUCGGCAGCGGGCCGCCAACGGCCGCCGCCGGAUGUGGAGGAGGCCCUAUCCUCCAUGCUUUGGACCCCCUACGAGCGUACGCCCAUGCCCAGCUCAUCGGAGGGCGAGGAGGAGGAGGAGGAGGACGAUGACGAGCGCCUCAACCGGAAACUCCACAAAUCGCACAGCAGCUACGAGGCCUCGGCGCUGAACCAGCCUCCCAUCCAACCCCACGCCCACUCCUCCCACCUCCAGCCCAUCUAUGCGCACCACCCACCAGCAGUGGAGGCGGUUCCCCUGCUAUUGCCACUGCCGAUGCCGAUGCCGAUGCCGCUACCCCCCGUGCCUUCCUUUCCCAACUUUAGUUUAAGCGCAUUCGAUGCGGCAAUCGCCGGCUUCGACCUGGCCAAGGCCGGACAGGCGGCCACCGCAGAGGGGAGUGGCGCAGGUGGAGGCGGCAGACGGAAUCGAUACUCGUUCCCCUCCUACUACGGCAGCCCGGCCCACACAUUGACCCAAUGGUGUUCCUCGGCGGCAACGGCCAUCCAGGAGCCGCCAUCCUACGAGUCGCUCUACUCGGCCCAGGACUCGACCUCGACCUCCCUCCUGGCCAUGUCGAGCGUGGCUCGGCCCAGGAGCGGAUCCCAGCCGGAGACCGAACCAUGUGAUAGAUCGCAACGAUCGCCAACGAAAGCAUCAGCAUCAGCAGCAGCAGCAGCAGCAGCAGCUGCGGCUGCUCCACUAACGGCAAAUGUUCCCGCUGAGCGUCUUAUGCGCUCCUUCACGGACGACUACAUAUCGCAGAAUUGCGCUUCAUUCACGCCAGCAAUAAAGCAAAGCAGCAACAAAAGAGACACUGAAUUAACAAAAGCAACGGAAAUAAGGCAAAGACAAAAACAAAGUCCAGCAACGAAUGCAAGAUCACAACAAAGUAGAGAAAAGACAAGCAGCAGCAGCAGCAGCAGCAUCGACACAAUCGACCAAAGCAACAACAACAACAACAGCGAUGGCAGCGACUGCAGCAGCAGCGGAGCGAAUUGCAUUAUCAAUGAACAGAGAAGAGGCAAAGCUGGCGAUGAGCACGAAAUGGCAAAAGCAACAGCAACAGCAGCAGCAACAACAACGGGAAUCGAGGAAACCAGCUCGAGAGCAGGCCGCCAGGUCACUCAACCUGUUUCCUGUGCCACUGCAGCCGGGGAGAAAGAGAGCGAGCCAGAGAGAGCGACAGCCAGGGAGAGCGACAGCGACAACCACGAACGUUCCACAAUCUGCCACCAGCGCCCAACGAUCACUCGCUCAACAAAAUGCAACGCGUUCACAACAAACGGCAGCAGCAGCGGCACAAGCGGCACAAGCGGCACCAGCAACUAUUCAUUGUCGUCGGCGUCGUAUAAAAACAGCAGCGACGGCAUCGUGCUGCGGCCCAACAAAUGUUUGGCAGAACUCGAGCGUCUGUACGCGGAAUUUCGCGCGAGUGAAAGUCGAUUUGAGCGGGGAGUGCGACGCCAGUCGGAUAUUGAUAACGCCAACGUCGAGAUGCGUUUGAACGUGCCAGCCAAUGCAAUGGCAGCGUCGCCAACUGCAGCAACAACUGCGAAUGCUAACACGAAUACGAAUCCUAAUUCUGGUGGCAGCAGCAGCAGUAGCGUGUUUCUCAAUGCUCCUACAAGCAGCAGCAGCAACAACAACCACAGCGAAAGUCCGUCAGAGCAGAGCGUUAGCAACAUUGCUGUGCUGUCAGCUUCUAAGAUCUCUGCGACUGCGACUGCGACUGCGACUGCAAAGUCCUGCCAGCGUCAGCCCAGUCUCACGAUUCAAGUGAACAACAACAACAACAAUAAUAAUAGUAAUAAUAAUAAUAAUAAUAACGGUACUAACAGCAGUCGCGUCUCGGUCGCAUCGUCGUCGUCGUCCACGUCGAGCAUUGUCAACAACAACAACGGUGUUUGUGUGGUGGAGAUAAAUAAUAGUGUGCCAGCAGCAGCAUCAGCCGCAACGGCAACAGCUGCAAAAGUGUUUAGUGCAACAAGUGUCCAAAAUCAGCUAAAUAAUAAUACAAGUCCCACUGAGGAUAAGCAGCAUGUUGCAACGCCACACGCGGCAGCUGCAAGCAGCAGCAACAACAAUCACGUGAAUGAUAACAGUGUCAAUAUAAUCAAUGUGAAUGCCACGACCGUUGCCAGCAGCCCUCCGCGCACCUUCACCUCCACCGAGUGCCAAACGGACGACCUCGCUGCAUCCCCCUCGUCCCAGCAGCAGCAGCAGAUGCGAACACGGGAGCAGCGACGUCGGGAGAGACGGGAACGGCGGCAGCAGCAGCAGCAACAGCAGCAGUUUCCCCCGCAUCACCCGAGACGCCACCAUGCACCGCCGCCACCACCCCCUCCGCAGCUGCACCCGCCCCCACAUCUGCACCACCCGCAUCCCGCGGCCAUGGGACUGGCGCGUGCCCUUCUCCCGGACAUCUUACACCCGCACUACCCGCCGCCCUACAGCGCCCUGCCGGUGCCCGUGCCCAUCACAGUGGUGCCUCCCCCCUCGCAGCAGCCACCGCCACAGCAACCACCACCCCCGCCACCGCUGUCACCAUCCGUGCCACCUCCAAUGCUGACAUCCGUGAUAUCUACGGUGCCCCUCCCCGGACCGGGACCAGCGGGUCCACCCCUCAUGAGCGACGGACGCUUCACGCUGCCGCUGCCCAUCAUGCGCAGAUCCCCCUCGGAGCGGUCAGGGAAGGGAUGUUGCGGCCAGUGGUUCGCAGGACCUCCGCUGCGUGCCCUCAUCGCCGUCGUGGCCCUGGGCGGCGUGGCCUGCGCCCUGGGCGGUGCGGCCCUUGGUGCCACGGGACUGGCAGGUCCCCCCAAUUCGCACCUCACCGCCGCCCUCUUAAUGAUUGGAGUUGGCGUUGUGCUGGUGACGGUUAGCGGUGCCGCUUGGCGGAUGACGGCGCCUGGCGGUCAGAGCUGCCUGGGCUUGGGCCUGGGCACCAGCGUGGAUCUGGGCCGAUGCGGCCGACGACCGUGCAGCCGCGGAGGCGGAGCGCCGCACGGCCUGCUCUACCCCGAGUUCCAGCACCGACCACCGCCGCCCUCCUACCAGGCCAGCAUGCAGGAAUACCGUCUGAGACUUUUGCUGUUGGACCGCGAUCGCCAGAACGGGGUGGUGCGUGGCAACUCGCCGCCGCCCACUUAUCGAUCUCAUGCGGGCAGCCUGCUGAGGGCCCCACUGACCACACUUCGUUCCGGAAUGGGUGGAGGAGGCGCUGGCGGCACCAUCAGCAGCAGCAUGGGAGGAUCCGAGUAUAGUCUGCCGCCCAGCUACCGGUCGCGCAACGCCACCCCCGCAAGCUUCGUGUGUGGCGAGCGGAGCAUUGAGACGGCGCCAUCGGGCAGGCUGCUGGCCAACGAGGACCUCCAUCUACCGGAGCCGUCGCUGGCCGAGCAACUGACGAACUACACGGCACUGCAGUCGAACACGUUGCUUACCUCGGCCAUUGUGGAAAUCGAGCGGGACACACCAACAUCCACAUCCACGUCCACAGCAACGAAGGGUAAGGAUCUGGUGACCAUUGUGACCAUAUCGCAGGCAGACAGCGACAGCCCACAUCUACACCCCCAGAGGCAUUCAGCUGGAAAGACGACGCACAGCCAGACCCAGACCCAAUCACCUGGCCAGGCCAGUGCACUCGAUCAGAUCGAUAUAUUGGCGCAUCUGUAACCGAACGAAUAGGUCCAAUGUCAUCGGUCCUCUGUCCCGAGAGAAGUUGAUUAGUUAGUUUUGUUCGAUUCAACUCGUUCGUUCACUCGUGUUAACCCAAAGGUAUUUAUUUGUACGGAACUAAAGCUCUGCUGCUCCUAAAUGAAUAAUGUAAUUCGUACUUGCUAAUCUGUAACUGUAACUGUAAUUGUAACUGUAAUCCGUACUCGGUAACUGUACUGUGUAAGCGGCAUUUAGCUGUUAAGAUGUUUGUUGUACUUGAAUGUGUUGAAUUUAUUUUUGUAAGCAUACGGAGAUGCGCAGAGUAGGUAUUACGAAUUCUAGAUACAUGCAAUUAUACAUAAAAACACAAAUACAUACAUGUACCCAUUGAAAGUAUUAACAUAUUCCAAAAGAAAAA